UAAAAGGGUAGAUGUCAAACACAUUUUUCUUCCAUAUAAAUAGUUAUUUGUAGAACACACUUUUGUACUUAAUCGAACGAAAAAGUUUGAAAACGAGAAAAUUGCCUCAAGAAGAAUAAGUGAUGAGCCAGUCCGAGUCAAACAUUGAGGAUGGAAAGGAGGAAACCUUAGUUGAAGCAGCAUUACGAAUACUGACCACAUCGGAUCCUUUUGAGAAAGCUAAGCUUGGUGACCAAGUUGCCUGCAAAUGGCUUCAAGGCGCCAUUUUUCAACCUUACAAUCCUUCUAUUCAUCUUUCCGUUCCUGACCGUCCUGCUCGUCCAACUAAUGUUAAGUUGCUGUCGCCGAGUUUAAUGCCCAAGCUGGGUAAAGCAGGUAGUCUUCAGAGUCGUCAAGCGAUUGUUCACAGUCUUGUUCACACCGAGAGCUGGGCAAUUGACUUAUCAUGGGAUAUCAUUGCUCGUUUUGGGCAACAAGAGGCAAUGCCAAGGGAUUUCUUCACAGAUUUUGUCAAAGUAGCACAGGAUGAAGGCAGACACUUCAGUCUUCUUGCUUCCCGACUUGAGGAACUGAGUUCUUCUUAUGGAGCUUUGCCAGCACAUGAUGGUCUAUGGGACUCAGCCAUUGCAACAUCAAAUGAUCUUUUAGCACGGUUAGCAAUCGAACAUUGUGUUCAUGAGGCUAGAGGACUUGAUGUAAUGCCGACAACCAUAUCCCGUUUUCGCAAUGGGGGUGAUCAUAAAACAGCAGAUUUACUAGAAACUGUUAUUUAUCCCGAGGAGAUCACUCACUGUGCUGCUGGGGUAAGAUGGUUUAAAUAUCUUUGCGCGAGAUCUACAACUGUUGGUCCAAAUAACGAGACAGGACUUCAGAAAGGUGAGGAUGAAGAGGAAGUUAUUAAUAAGUUUCACGCCACGGUAAGAAAGUAUUUCAGGGGGCCAUUGAAGCCCCCUUUCAACGUCGAAGCAAGGAAAUCUGCUGGAUUUGCUCCUAAGUGGUAUGAACCACUUGCUUCCUUGCUGCCAACCGAGUUAAAAGGCUCUUCCUAAACUUGAUCAUUUUAGUCGAGUUUUGUUUUGUUAACAAGACUAUUUCGCCUUUUCGUCUUUUUUCCGAUUUUCUAAUUUGUAAGUUGGUGUGCGUAAAUAUCUAUUGUACUAAUACAAAGUUUAACUAACUCCUAUCUCAUCUUAAGUUUGAUUUAAUCCAUUUUAUUAUGGGAUUAAGAUUU